AUGGAUGAUUCUCAUAUCAAUAACCCUCCUCAUGAAUCAAUCCAGACCGAUGAGACUUGUUCAAUCUGUUUGGAAGACAAACCGAAUAAUCAAUUUUUCAAGAUUGACGAAUGCUCGCACAGAUAUUGUUUAUUUUGUAUGGAGAACCAUGCAAAUGUUAAGCUAGAAAAAGGGAUUAUACCAAGAUGUCCUCACGAAAAUUGCGACAUAAAACUGAAAAUUGAAAGCUGCCGAGUAUUCUUGUCUCCUAAUAUGGUGGAAAUAAUGCGCCUAGUGAUAAAGGAACAUACAAUUCCAAAACUUGAUCGAGUUUAUUGCCCUUUCCCCGAUUGCGUAGAGAUGGGGCAGGGAUAUUGGUUUAGAUUCGGAUCGAAUUCAGAAUUAGAAUAUCAAGAGGCAGAGGAAGUGGAAGUGGAAGUGGAAGUGGAAGUGGAAGUGGAAGUGGAAGUGGAAGAGUACCAUGAAGAGUUUUACGAGGAUGAGAGUGUGUUUUACUAUACAGAUUGA